GCGGAGAGCGAAUCCGGACUGUGCCGACACAUUACUGAAGAACAUGAAGGACAAGGCAGACUAACAGAGCACCUAGUGAGCUCAGAUGAGGUUAUUUAGAGCGGCUGCACAGAGACUGCUGUUCCGACCGGCAUCUGCCCAUUCGGCCUCGCCAUUCUCUCUCGUGCACAGUUCGUUUUUCUUUUACCACAUAAAUCUGUCAGGGUGUGGCGGAGUAGCAUUGUGAGACGGAAGUGACAGUUGAAUCGUGUCGUUGUAGAUCAUCUUGCAGCACAUGAAGUCGACAGAAAAGGUUGGGAGGCUGAAGGAUAAGAGAUCCACUUUAGAUAAAAUGGCGGUGAGGCAGAGGAUUUUCAACUCCACAGCUCCAUUCUCUGACUCUCCCCAAGCUGAGCUGAAGGGGUCAUACCCCUUCAGCUCCACCGUGAAGCAGGAGGCAGAGGAGGAGGAAGAGGAGGAGAAGGACACCAAACUGGGCUACAUAGAUGUAGAGUGGUCGACAAGGCCUUUGAUUAAAAAGCUCCUGACACAUGGAACUGCAGAGCAAGUGGGGAAAAGGCCCAUCAAGACCUCAACCAUCAUUGCUCAGGCUGAAUGUAAAUGUGAGACCCAGGACUCCCAGGAGUUCAGCCCCUCUUGCUCUGAGCGCUCCUUUGUUCCUUCCCCGAACUGCUUCACCAGCAGCCUUUCCUCCGAGCACAACAACGUGGCGUGCCCAACGACAGCCUUCGUCCAGCAGGCCAGCGGCUUUUCAGCGCACCUCACCCCCAGACAGAAGAGCCGGCAGAGGCAAAACCGCAAAGGGAAGAAGAAGCUGGAGAAGAGGAAUCAGAGGCAGCAGCAGAGACACCGAAUGCUGUCUGGGGUCCCUGAGCAGGAGAGUGGAAGUUCUCUGAUUGCGAUCAGGGAAGAGUCAUCUCUCGGAGGGAGCAGUGACCUCAGCGUUUCCUGCUGUAGCAGCGUUGAGAGCUCAGAGGAGCAGGAGCAGGAGCAGGGGCCUUCUUUCUACCCGCAGCAGAUCUACAGCCCGGGCUCCAGCUGCGCUCCCCUGGACUGGGCUGAGCAGGUCCUGCGUACGCUCCCCAGCCUCCGUUCCUGUGAGCAGGACAGCAGCUCAGACUCCCUGAGCAGUCUGGGAGACUGCUCUUUGGCUCUCGCCGGCCUUCGGGGCAGCGUCAGUCAGGGGGACCCGUGCUACGCGGGGCCCUUUUUUAAAGAUGUGGAGAAGGAUGCGAGGGAGGAGGACGAGGAUUUCUUUGCGGCUGAUUCCGUGAGCAACGAGGGAAUAAUCUUUUUCAAUGAAAAAAUCCAGCCGGUUGACUCUGAAUACAAGGAAGGCAGGGAGUAUCUGCUGUCCAAGUUUAUCAAGGAAGGCUCCUAUGGGGAAGUGAGCAGCGCUCAAGAUGUGACCACAGGAUUCAGAUUUGCUGUGAAAAAGAUUGCCCUGAAGAGGUUCACCAGUGAGGAGGUGGGUACGUGGAGUGCCCUCAGAUCUCCUCGGGUGGUGGAACUCUUCGGAGUGGUCAGAGAGGGGCAUUACAUUGUCCUUUUGAUGGCACAGAAAUCUGGCUCCGUGGGUGAGCUGAUAGGAAAACGUGGCCGUCUGCCUGAGGAUUUAAGUCUGCAUUACCACUCUCAGGUUUUAACAGCGAUCGACUACUUGAUGAAGAAAAAGGUGGCGCAUUUAGAUAUUAAAGCUGACAACGUGCUGCUAUCAGAGGACGGAAAAGACACCUUUCUUUGUGACUUUGGGCACGCAGAGAGACUCGACAACCAGGGCCAGAGCCUCAGUGGCUCCAGAGUUCUGAAGGGCACUGAGACACACAUGGCCCCUGAGAUUGUAAAAGGGGAUCCCCGUGGAGCCAAAGCAGAUGUGUGGAGCAGCUGCUGUAUGUUACUGCACAUGCUCAAUGGGUGUCAACCAUGGACGAGAUACUACACCUGCAGACUCUACCUAAAGAUUGCAAAUAAGCCCCCUCCUCUGAGAGACAUCCCGCCCGACUGCUCCCCUCUCACUGCGGAGGUUUUGAAGCAUGGACUCCAAAAAGAUCCGGUAGAAAGACCUUCAGCGUCAGACCUUAAAGAAAAAACCGACAGAGCUCUAAGAGAAGUUGGAGGACUUACCAGUCCAGUCAGGGGGCCAUACACUGAGCCGCUGCAUGUUGUCAACAAGCCGCAAGACUCCGUGCAGCUCAUCAAUAUCAGCUCUGACUCUGAGCCAGAAGAGGAACAUCCGGAGUCUGCUGACAAACUGAUCACUGCAGCACUGUGGAAAAACAACCUGGAUGGGGAGGCAGAGGCAGAGUCACAGCAAGGUUUGCCUUCUAGUCCACAAAUGCUGAUCCCUGAGCCAAACUACAGGAGGGAAAAUAAGAUCGGCAUUGAACCUGAGCUUGAGCUUCGCAAACUGGAGAGAGACUUCUACCUCAGCAGUCUAUCCCAGCUUCAUCCUCCCGAGAUGCAGGAACAGCUCCUGUCUUGUAUCAACAGUGACCACUCAAACUGGGAACCAUGGGACAAAAAGGACUCUGGCCGGUGGUCUUUGAUCCCAGGAGACACCUUCAGCUCUGGCGUGUUCUCCUACAACAGUCAGCCAGAUGUACCAGUCUUCAGCAUGGAUUUGCUGGGUCAGAACCAAUUUCCACCACCUUGCUGUUUUGAAGGGGUGGAUGUGUGCAUCAGAGACUUCGGCAGCAGAAACAUUCGCAUCAGGGAGACGCGUCGUGUUAAAGUGGGCCACAUUGCCACCGGGAUAAGUGAUCAGAUCUCUGAGCGGAUGUUCACCCUGAAGACUCCACAGGGCCAGCAGGUGGCUCACGACGAGGAGGUGCAUGAAUCGGGUCUGCAGCUCUGCUGUGUUCCCGCUCCAGAUUUCAGCUCCGCCUGGACAUGGAGGAUCAGAGACGGAAUGCUGGAGACAAAAUAAAGCCCAGAGCUCCGCCCUUCCGUUGGCUGAACUACUUGAUGUUUUUUCACUGUGCCAAACAGAUUGAAUCGUGUUCCUGCUUCUUAUCAGUUUCAAUGUGCCACGACAGUGUUUCAAUCCCUCUGAUUCUUUUAUAUGGCCAAGUGUUUUGUUUUUUUAUAGCUUCGUGUCUUGGAAAUUUUAGCGAUGUAACUGUGAGGGAAUAAACUUUUUAAA